CCGAUGUGUCCCUCCAUUUCUCCAGUCUCCUCAGUCACUCCACGCCGACCUCUGAGAGCCCCUAACCGGCUGCGCCCGCUUAGAGGCCCCCUUCUCACCAGAGGACUUUUUUUCACCAGAGCACUUGUCUUAACCGAGACCAUGGGCUUCAUGUAAAUAUUUAGCCCACUCUCUUGGAAUAAAGUUAACAUGGCUGGCGCGUCGUGGGACUCACGUCGGUUUUGGGUUUAAUAGAACCGCGCCAUGCUGCGCCUCCUGACCCGACUGGUGUGCUUGUGGAUGUGCGCCGAGACCGUGGCGACAUACGCGGAUGAGCACAACCGACGGUUGCCCUCAUUCAAAGAGUCGACGUCGCGGGAUGUCCUCAAGUCGGAGUCAGAGUCGUCCAAAGAAGCCGCGGUGCUUCUAUUAAGCCCGCUGCUUAACACGAUUGGACAGCCGGCUUUACGCGCGGAUGUGGCGGCGCGGCCGAACCGAUGCAGCACGGGAUGCCAACUCGGGAGAAUCGUGAAACUUGCACCGAGCACGAAGCGGCACACGCGCCGGGAAUCCAGGAAGGCCAAGCAAGCGAGAGGCAAGCGGCUACGCCGGCGAGCUGCGGCCGCCUGGCAGGCUUCGCCGUCGGUCAUGGCGCAGGAGCAAGACCACGAUUCUCCUGGGAACACCAACGCGAGUGACUACGACGACUACGCGGCACCGGGAUCGACUGACGCGCCGCCUUUCGAGCCGGGCACCCCGCGGAACAAAGUGAAGCGCGUGAGGAACCCCUUCUAUCCUCUAGACGCCGGGGCUUAUGGCGCUUACGCGAUGUUGUUCGCCGCCUUCGUGGUGGUAUGUGCGGGCGUACUUGGCAACGUGUCGCUGAUGUGCAUGGUGUGCCACAACUACUACAUGAGGAGCAUCUCCAACUCGCUGCUGGCCAACAUGGCUCUGUGGGACUUCUUGGUGCUCUUCUUGUGCUUACCGUUGGUCCUCUUCCACGCACUCACCGACGAUUGGCUGCUGGGGGAAACGACAUGCAGGCUCGUCCCAUACCUGGAGGUAGCAUCUCUCGGUGUAACGACAUUCACUCUGUGCGCACUCUGCAUCGACCGCUUCCGAGCUGCCGCCAAUGUGCGUUCAUACUACGAGAUGACUGACAACUGGACAUCCACCACCGCCAAACUGGCCGUCAUCUGGGUGGGUGCCCUGUUGCUGGCCCUUCCCGAGCUUCUCAUCCGCCAGCUGGUGACGGAGGAGGCCGACACUUCUGGAGGCGAGUUGGGAGUGUUGUUUGAGCGCUGCGUGCUGCGCGUGUCCACCCGGUUGCCGGACACGCUUUAUGUUCUGGGUCUGACAUACGGGGGCGCCCGCCUGUGGUGGUUCUUCGGCUGCUACUUUUGCCUUCCCACGCUCUUCACCAUAUUCUGCUCGCUGGCCACCGCACACAAGAUUCGUGGUGCCGAACGGGCAACAGCGCCCACUCGGGGCACCAAGAAACAGAUCCGCCUAGAGAGCCAGAUGAACUGCACAGUGGUGGCGCUUGCUAUUCUCUACGGCUUCUGCCUCAUUCCUGAGAACGUGUGCAAUGUGGUAGUGGCCUACAUGGCAGCGGGGGUACCGCCUAGGACACUGGACAUUCUGCAUCUGCUGAGCCAGCUGUUGCUGUUCUGCAAAGCGGCGGCCGCACCGCUUUUGGUCCUGUGCCUGUGCGAGCCUUUCCGUCGGGCGUUCCUGGACUGUUGCUGCUGUUGCUGCCGGGAGUGCGGCACUCCAAGCCCUGGGUCCAACACAGAUGCUGAUGGUGGCGCCAACGAUGCUCUGGAACUAUCGAACUGUGAUGCUGCCCCCAAUGACGGGGAGACGUCCACCACCUAUGCAACAGUGGGGACACACUGCUGAGAGACUUCUUGGUUGGCCUUGAUAGAUCAAACAAUUUUACCUAUAUAGAAUUUGUCAAAAAUAGUUUGUUUACACUUGAAAUGAAAAGAAUCUAUUCCUCAACUUUAUAACAGUGCAACAUGGCAGGAAUUGGAAUUGUGGCAUCCAGUGCAUGAAGCCAAAGGCUGUGGUCAAGUCAGGCAUAAGUCACAUAUCGUACCGCUCAGUCUGAAUCAUCGCUAGUUACAGUCAUUGCUGAUUACAGACAGCUUUAGUUUUCACUAGCUCAGGGGUUGACAACUUUUUACACUGAAAGUGCAAUUUGGACCGUUACAGAGUAGUCUUGAUUUUAUUUUGUGGAUUGAGACUCCCAGUGAGGAAAGGGUACACAAGCUAACUGACAAAGAUGACAGAGGACUGGAAAGAAUAGAAUAGGAUGGGGAAGGGUAACUUUCCAAAUGUUAUAAAUUGAUACCACAUGCUAUGAAAUUGACAAAAAGGAAAACACAUAAAAGAUUGUUGAGAAAUGGCCAAGUUAUAUCAUACUUUACAAUGUCCAUGCGAUAGGAACAUCAACUUUGUCCCCCCAACAUGGCUGCUACAAGGACACAACAGUUCGUUAGUUGCCUUCUUAUCUAUGCUUGGCCUCUUUUACUAGGGUCUCUGCAUACAGUGGGACAAAUAAAUAUUUAGUCAACCACUAAUUGUGCAAGUUCUCCCACUUGAAAAUAUUAGAGAGGCUUGUAAUU